GCACCUCCUAACUAUUGAAGACGACGUGCCCCUCUCUCUCACUUGCACUUUGACCACCAUGUCGUCCUCUGAAUCUCCUUUUCAAAUCAACGUCCCUGAAGAAAAACUCACCACCCUACAUGCUAAACUUGAACUCGCCACUUUCCCGGACGAACUAGAAGACGCCGGGUGGAAGUAUGGACCACCUCUGGCGGAUAUUAAGCGACUCACGGAAAGGUGGAGAAACGAGUACGACUGGCGCAAGCAUGAAAAGGAAUUAAAUCAAGAGCUCCCAAUGUUCACCCGCGAUAUUGACGUGGAUGGUUUUGGCACGCUGAACAUUCACUACGUUCACAAGAAGAGCGAAGUCGUUGACGCCAUUCCGCUGUUGUUUUGUCACGGAUGGCCUGGAAGUUUCUUGGAAGUCGGGAAGAUUUUGCCUCUCCUGACUGCGUCGUCCCCUGAACAUCCUAGCUUCCAUGUUGUCGCACUUAGCUUGCCUGGUUUUGGCUUUUCGGAGGCUCCUCACACUCAAGGUUUUGCUCUUAACCAAUAUUCCGAGGUAUCCCACAAACUAAUGCUCGCUCUCGGGUACAACGAGUAUGUCACCCAGGGAGGCGAUUGGGGCUCCAUCAUCACUCGGAGAAUGGCUUCUGUGUAUGGUGUGAAGCAUCACAAGGCAUGGCACACCAACUUUCCGGUCGCCGAACCGCCCAGCUGGAAAUCCCCCCUGUCGUUCCUGUCGUUCUUGCUAACCCCUUGGUCUGCAGAGGAGAAGGCAGGCAUCGAACGCACAUCGUGGUUCCGCUCCAAAGGAUACGGCUACUUUGCUGAGCAAAGCACGCAGCCGCAGACACUCGGUUACAGUCUUGCCGAUACCCCUGUUGGUCUGAUUGCUUGGAUUUACGAGAAACUGGUCCUUUGGACCGACAAUUACCAAUGGUCUGAUGAUGAAGUACUUACAUGGAUCUCAUUAUACUGGUUCUCUCGUGCCGGUCCCGCUGCUUCCCUUCGCAUUUACUUCGAGUUGGCUGGCGAUUGCGAGGAUUUAGGUCCUAGCCCCACCAUUCCUAUGGGAGUGUCAUAUUUCCCGCAAGAACUCAUAGUUCUUCCCGCAGCGUGGCUACGCAGGUUGAACAAAGUUGUUUUCGAGUCCCAUCAUAAGACAGGGGGUCAUUUUGCUGCUAUUGAACAGCCGGAGGAGCUUGUUCGAGAUGUGCGGAAGAUGUUUGCGAAGGAGAGCCCUGCAUUCGCGAUUGUCCCCGGAAGAAGUGGAUACACUUAAAUGAUCAGCAAAUAUUCGUAUGUGACAGGACAGUGUCGUCGUCGCGUUUGGGAUUUUUCAAUUCGUGCUUGAAUGACUCGGCUUGAAUGAUAGGAUAAUGUAGUUCAGUACAUCGGUAUGAAAUCGUGUAUCCCGUCUCUUACAUCUUGCGCAAUCUGGAUACUCUGUUA